AUGAACCCCCCAAACCUCCUCCCCCACAACCACCAUACUCAUCAUCAUCAUCAUCACCACCACCAACCCCCAACCCUAACAACCUACCUAACCCACCUCCCCUUCCUCCCCCUCCACGACCGCAUCACCUCCCUCCACCAUCUAUCCCAAUCCCUCACUCCCCAAAUAACCCCAACGGGCACACGCCUCAUCACCCACCCAUCCUUCACCGGCCCCGCACCCCUCGACCACCUCGGCACCAUCUACAUCACGACCGGUCGCGACUGCGUGGCCAACAACGCCGACCUGACCACACGCAUCCUGCACGCCGACGUCGGCGCGCUUCUCGAAUCCAUCUACGAAAAGAGCAGAGAGUUGCUGGAUGCCGGGAUCUAG